AUGACAUCUCAAUACGUCACCGAGCCCCCGACCUCGGGGCGCAUCGAGCUGGUCACCUCCAAAGGAGUUAUCGACAUCGAGCUCUUUGCGCGCGAGACGCCACGCGCCUGUCGCAACCUGCUAACUCUCGCACUCGAGGGCUUCUACGACCACCAGAUCUUCCACCGUCUCAUCCCUGGCUUCAUCAUCCAAUCCGGCGACCCGUCCGGCACAGGCGACCAUGGCGAGAGCAUCUACGGCGAGCCGUUUCCCAUCGAGCCGCACUCUCGGCUGCGCUUCAACCGCCGCGGUCUCCUCGCCAUGGCUGCCACCGACCGCGCCAACGAGAGCCAGUUCUUCCUCACCCUCGAUGCAACCCCGGAGCUCCAGGGCAAACAUACGCUCAUGGGCAGAGUGGUGGGGAAUACCAUCUACAACCUCGUCGAGCUGGCGCAGGUGGGCGAGAUGGAUGCACAACAGCCAGACAGGCCGCGCUAUCCGCCCAAGCUCAUCGAGGUGCGUGUGGUCGAGAACCCGUUUGACGAUCUGCGACCGCGCACGACCAAAGCGCAGCGCAAGCAGCAAGAACAGAUGAACAAAACAGACCAAGCGCCAAGCAAGACCAAGAAGAAGAAGAAGAACACGGCGCUGCUGUCGUUUGGAGACGAAGAGGACGCCGAGCAGCCUUUGAAAGGCCCCAAAAGCUCGCAUGACCUUCUUGCCGAUUCCAAGCUGGCCAAACCGCCAACCUCCAAAUCGAAGUCAUCCUCCAAAUCGCAGUCGGCUUCAGCAUCAAAUGGCACUUCUUCUUCACACGACCUGCAACCACGGUCGGCACCUGCGGAAAGCGUCGAGGCAAGCGCUUUGCCAUCGCAUCGCCACGUGGCGGAAUCGGGCAAGAGCUCGUCGUCGCGCGGCUCGAUCCUGGCGCAGGAACGCGCAAAGUACGCCUCGGCGUCGCGCAAAGCCGAUUCCUACGCCGCCCUCGUCGAGUUUCAAUCGCGCCUUCGCUCCAAGCCCUCGCGUCAACCGCACGCGGCGCCCGACAAGCAGCUUGUUGCGGACGACGACGACGACGAGGGCGCGGGCGAGUACGGUUCCAGCGGCGACGACGAUGACUGGCGUGCACACCGUCUCGAUGCCGGAGGCAAACCACUCCAACCGCAAGCCGACCGUCUGGAAGACUACCAAGUGAUAGACUCUCGCUCCUCCAAGCGUCCCGCUUCCCCACCCACCCCCUCCUCCUCCUCCUCCUCCUCCUCCUCACAUCACCGCCGUCGGCGUCACUAA